GUGGCAACGCCGGGGGCCCGCGCGCUCCCGGGCUCGUGCCUUCAUGAAUAACUUAAACGACCCUCCCCACUGGAACAUCCAGCCCAAUCGGCGCGAUCCCGGUGAUGACGGGAGCAGAUGGAACUACGCCCUGCUGGUCCCCAUGCUGGGCUUGGCCGCCUUCCGUUGGAUCUGGACCAGAGAAUGUCAAAAAGAAAUAGAAAGAGAAAAACAAGAGUACCAUAAAAAGCACUCAUCUUUACAAAAAGACCUGGAAGGCAAAUACCGGGAUAUAAUCACGGAGAACCGUCGCGCUCUUGCUCACUUGGAGGUGGAGCUGGAAAAGGAACGCAACAGAACCCUGAGUUACCGUGAAGCCCUCGUGUCCCAGAGCCGCAAACUAGUAGAAGAAAGGAGGUUCCUAGAACAGGAGCAGGAGAAGUUGGAGCGAGAAAAACAAGUCCUCUUGCACUCAGGAGCAGAAGGUACCUUGUACCAGAGUUGCCUGGCAAAGGAAGAAGAGUGGCAAAAGAGAGCCAGUAUUUUACUGAAAGAAUUUGAAGAGGGACUUAAAGAAAGGCAGGACAUCUACUGCAGUCUUGUUGUACCCAGAAGUCAGAGACUAGAAAUAGAGAAAAAUCUGCUAGUUAAAGCAGCAACUGAUCCUGUUGCUCUGGCUUUACAUGUGGAAAGUGGCUUAAAAGAUAUUUUCAAAUACGAUAACUACUGUGGCAAUAUGCUGAACAGAAACAAGAGUCAAAAUGGAAAGCUUAUGUGGCUGUAUCUGAGAAACUGGGAACUAGCUGUUGAACUGCAGAAGUUCAAGAGGGUAGAAAAGGCCAUGUUAGGAAAACGCUAAGUAGGGGAAGUAAUGGGAUCCUGCGUGAUCCACCGUGCAUAAGUAGGGACAAUCGCGGUUGUAGUCCGAAGCUGUUAAACAACUCUUCUACUGUGUUGCCAUCUCCCCUCCUCACUGCGCUUGUAUUUGCAUGGGAUGUGCGGUGCUGGUGCCUUUCCUUUCACUAACAGCAGACGCUCCGGCGAGCUGUGCAUGCUCUUAAACUCUGUGAUUGUGUUUGUAUUGCAGACUGCAGUGUAGUGUAGAGAUAGGCCAGCUUCCACAGGUAUCAGAAGCAGCGAAAUAGAACUCAGUUUAGAGGGAUUUACCUGAUUGAUGGUCACACUCCAUCAACAGAGAAGUGUGGUUUGUCUCCCCCAAGUGCGGUAGCACAUUGUGCUCUUUAUCCCUGACAUUUUACGAGGUAUCUUAAGACUAUCUUCUUAUUAUCAUCAUUAUUACCAUUUUUCAAAGUUUGUUUAAGCAAGACUGAUUUUGAGGCAGAUGUUUGGAAGGGACAAUGUUUGAGUAAGCUCCUUGAUACAAAUCCUGCGUGUCUGUACGUACAUUCAUAGAAGUACGUGCAUGUGUGAAUGUGUGUGCGUAUAAAUGUAUGUAUUAGUAUUCUGAGGGGGGGAAUAGCAUGAUCCUGUUUCAAAUUCAUCAGUCUUGCAGUGUCUUCCAGCUUGAUAUACAAAUAGUACUUUACGAAUGAAACACGUAGAAGAUGCUAAUUAAAAUAACACAUGAAGAAA